AAUAUUUACAGAAUAUAAACAUAGCAGGCCAUGUUUUUCUUUUGUCAUGACAACCAGGAAACUUGUUGAUUUUCAGCUUUUAUUUUAAAACUUGAUACUUCAUUUAAAUCAAACGUGUUUCCUGUCAAAGUAGCAGUAUGGUGCAGGGCUGUUUUGAUGCACGUGAAAAUAAAUCGCAAUAUCAAGUAGUUCAGAUGAGUCGCAUAGAAUGCGCCUACCUAUUAAAAGUGCAUCGCAUUCCGGAUGUAUCCGAAUUAUGCACGGCCGUAGUUCUUUCCGUAGAUCAUCGAUCGCAUCAAGCGAUUAGUCGCGUUCCAGUCAGUCCGGAUUUCACACAAGAUGACGUCAAACCAUCCCAGAUAUUGGUUCAGGAUCAGACUGAGGACAUCUUUCUUAGAUUUCCGAAAAAAAUCAACCAAAUUAACUUCAAAGAUUCAUCCGUGCGUGUAAUACGCGUCGGUGACGUUGACACCCUCCAUCUUUUAAAUGAAGUGCGCGAUCCUAGUGACGAACAACAAAAUGAAGAUUAUUAUGGUGAACUUUUGGGUAAAAGUCGUGAAUCAAAAGUGCCGAAUAUUCCGUUGAUGAUUCGAUGCCAAAACUGUGACACUAACUUUCCUACGAAGUAUCAAUUUCAACGCCAUCAAUGUGAAUUCAAUGCUGAUAAAGUAGUGCUAAAGCCAAAUGUUGAUGCAAGAGAUGUGGGUAAAGGAUUACGAAUGAAGUUUGAGUGCAAAACUUGCGGGAAACUUUUUGUAAGUAAAAAUAAUCUUGAACGGCACCUGACCAGUCAUGAUGAAGACAAUGUUAACAUCUGUGAGUAUUGUAAUAAACAAUUUGUUAGCGAGAAUCGCUUAAGAAUUCAUAAGGAGAAUCAUUGUAAGAAAACUGGGGAUAUUAGUAAAUUUUAUCGAAGCGAUGUUACGGUUUGGAGAUGCAUCAAAUGUUACCAAGUGUUUUCAUCUGAUACAUAUGCAUGUACACAUGCAGAAACAUGUAAGGAUCUUAUAACUGAUCCGGUAGCCAUUAAAAACGCAAAUGAAGAUAUUGCUGAGGUGAUGGAUGUGAAGGGGGAACCCAAGGCGGCCAUUUUAAGUCAGUAUGUUGACAAAGUGCGCACGGAAUUGCUGUUGCAGUGUGAGUUUUGUAAUCGUACAUAUGCCAAUAAGAAAUCGUUGCUAUGGCAUCAGGAUACACAUACAACUGCUGUCAAUUACAAUUGCGUUGUUUGUGAUCAAAAUUUUGAGUCUUACACGUCCGCUGCCAAACACUGGCUGACGGAUUGCACGAAUGAAGCGAAUUUAUUUUUUCUACCAAAGUUGAUUUUCUGCAAAUGCUGCAAUCGUACAUUUAAAUCCCAUGAAGUUUUGUACUUGCAUAAAAUCAAAAAGAAGCAUUACACACCCAAGAAACAUACUGACGAAAAUGAUUUUCAAGUCGAACCGAAAAUUGAGAUUAAACCGAUCAAAAAAGAUGUGGAUGUUGGCAGUAUGAAAUCAGGUAGUAAUUCCUCCAUCAACAAUGAUGAUGUUAAUAGUGAUUCUGGGCCAAUUAAAAAAAUAAAAACUGAAGAAGAAAUAAAAACUCUUGAAAAUGCUGAAAAUGGAAAAACUACGAUUAUUCAACUCAUUGAAGGCGUUUUGGGAUCUAGUAAAGUAGAAAAAAACGAAGGUACGGAUUGUCCAAGUGAGAAUUUUGAUGAUGACGAAGACGGUGAUAAUUUAGAAGAUGACGAUAAAUCUAACGUUUUAGUUAAAUCCGAAAUCAAUAGCGAAGUUAGCCUGGGCGUGUCGGACGACGCUACCGAGGAGCCGAAACAAAAGAAGCGCGGCCGCAAGCGAAAAGCAACGUCACAAAAUAGCAAAUCAAAGAAGUAUAUGAUUGAGGUGGCCCAAGGAUACAAGUAUCAAUGCGAGCGUUGCGUGGCGUUGUUUAGCAACGUGAUGGAGCUGGAGGUUCAUCGCAACAAGAAACAUCCGGCCAACUAUAAAUGCGAGGAGUGCGAUCAAGUGGUGCAUAGCUCCAAGGCAUUGAUGAUCCACAGUCGGGCGCAUCAAAGUCUCAAACCGUAUGUGUGCGAGAUUUGUAAGCGGUGCUAUUCGCAGACGUCGCAUUUAUGGCAACAUAUGCGCUUUCACCAAGGUAUAAAACCAUUUGCUUGCCCACAUGAAGGAUGUGAAGCGCGGUAUACAAUACGCCCGGAUCUCAAGGAUCACAUUCGAAAGGUCCACACUCGUGAGCGACCUUUCAAGUGCACUGUUUGUGAUAAGUGCUUUCUCACUGGCUCGGUGUAUUAUCAGCAUCGACUUAUUCAUACAAACGAUCGAAGAUAUGCUUGUGAUAUUUGUGAGAAGAGAUUUUUCCGCGCGGACGCUUUGAAUAAUCACCGACGGAUUCAUACAGAUGAACGGCCAUAUCCGUGUAUGGUGUGUGGACGCAACUUCCGGCAGAAGGGAGAUAGGAAUAAACAUGUGCGCACACAACAUCCGGAUUUUCAUAUAUAAAUUAUUUUUUAUGUUUUAAUCUAGAUUUUAUUUAAAUAAGUUAUGUAAAGUUUUAAAGGGAGUCACAGUUUUUAUAAAAAAUAUAAAAAACAAUAAUUAUAUAAAGGUUUCAACAGUA